CACCAUGUCCGACUCCGAUUCCUCUCGUCCCAAGACCCCAGUCGCGAAGCCCCCCGGUGCCCAAAUUAGGCGGAGAGCGGCUGGUUCGCAGGUAUCGAAGCCCAACUCGACACGCGCCGCGGGUGCCGGCGGCUCGUCCAACACCAUGCUCAAGCUAUACACGGACGACUCACCAGGACUCCGAGUUGACCCCUUCAUCGUCCUUGUCCUUUCCCUCUCGUUCAUUGCCUCCAUCUUCUUCCUUCACAUCUCCGCCAAAAUCAUCCGUGCAUUCACCAAGUAAUAGGAUCCUCUCGCGGCUUCUUUUGAGUACUUGGCACACCUUGGGUUUGGUCGGGUUGGUUUCGCGAGUGUCCAUGGACAGGAGGAUCGACUUCGCCCCGCAUGUUAUUAUCCCUCUCCUCCAUAUGUUGUUGGGGACCCCUGGUACGACUUGUCCGUUGUACCAAAACCGCUGCUCGCAGGAGCUUGCAUACUAUUAUCUUAUUCGCGCGCACGCAUUAUUUUU